UCGGAAGCCGGACCGGUCACCAUCGCGAUAGCAUUGCCGGUCGUGUUAGCAUGUGAUUUACAUCAGUUAUCGGUUUUUGUAAUGCGAAGCAGUCAUUCAUCCGAUUCUUCUGCCAGCUCGAACGUGGAUUCCACGCGUCCUCGCUUCCCGUCUCGUUGGGCUGUCCAUAGAAUCGGCGCCGCAGUCGUCACCCAAGUUCUUGCCAGGAUGUCGUUGUCCCCCGUCAAGCAACACGAGGAUCCUGAGCUUCCCGGGCCCUACAUUACUGAGUCUACGUCUCUUCUUAAUUCGAAGCAGGAGACUCCAUGCGAGGCAAACCCGAGAACGCGAGGUGCAGUAUGGUCUGCCUUGACCACGCUCAUGGUCGCAGCCUUGGUAGUCCUGUUCUUCUUCCAGGAUUCUCUUCCAGACGGCAUCGCGCCCUGGCUAGGCGCUCUCCCAAAAGACCCAAUGCUUGCUGCCCUAAAGAUCCUGGAAAGGGCACCUGUUAUCGAUGGACACAUCGACCUCCCGUGGCUCGUACGCAUGGAAUACGCCAACAAUAUCUCUGCUGUCGAUCUCGAAUCCACGAUGCCCGGCCAUGUGGAUAUUCCUAGACUUCGACAGGGCAAAGUCGGGGGUUUCUUCUGGUCGGUAUUCGUUGAUUGUGCGGAUCCAGAAGCAGAGGGCCCCGAAUUUUUGUCUGCAACAUGGAAAGUCAGGGAUACCAUAGAGCAAAUUGACUCCGCAAGAAUGUCGAUCGAGAAAUAUCCUGAUACAUUUCAGCUCGCUCUUGGCUCAUCAGAAAUCAAGUCUGCCAUUACCAAAGGCAAAAUUGCGAGCCUUAUCGGUGUCGAAGGUGGUCAUCAGCUAGGAAACUCAAUCGCUGCUCUUCGGCAAUAUCAUUCUCUGGGCGUUCGAUAUAUGACUUUGACCCAUGUCUGUCAUAAUGCAUUCGCGGACUCCUGCGGAUUUUAUCCCGGAAAGAAGCCGCGACAUGGUGGUCUCAGUACCCUUGGGUAUGCACUCAUCGAUGAAAUGAACCGCCUCGGCGUGCUAGUGGAUCUCUCACAUACUUCGGAUGCGACUGCGGCCCAAGCUUUGAACUAUUCUAAAGCACCCGUGAUAUGGUCUCAUUCGUCAUCGAGAGCUGUACACGACCAUGUUAGAAACAUCCCUGAUGAAGUGUUGAAAUUAGUAGGUACUGGGGAAGGGCAAAGUGAUGCUGUUAUCAUGGUAAACUUCGCGCCCAAUUUCGUAGCAGACCCUGGUCAGGCAACCUUACAAGCUGUGGCUAAUCAUGUCGAACAUAUCGCAAGCGUUACGGGAAAGCAACAUGUUGGCAUAGGGAGUGAUUUCGAUGGUAUCGGGAGUACUCCCGCAGGGUUGGAGGACGUGUCAACAUAUCCUGCAUUGGUAGCGGAAUUGUACCGGAGAGGUUGGAAUAAGUACGAACUAGCAGGGUUCACAGGGGGGCAAUCUACUGCGGAUUUUCGAAGGCGCGGAGAAGGUGUCGAACCGACUGAAAGACUCGGGCAUGGCUCCCGUGUACGAUAUCUAUGACAAGUGUAACUCCGCAUCCUUCGACAUCUCCGAUCCGUCUAAUGUUCUCAUCAGAUCUUGGUGAUAGGAAAUCUCGGCCAUUUCCUUGAACAAUCCUGGAGACAGUUCUCUAAAGUCAAUUACAUUGUGUGCUGGCUACGGAAAUUAUUCUGAGCCCGAUACAGAGAAGACAUGAGGCUCGAGAUCGCAUGUAAUCCUUUCUUUGAUGGACAGCCUUCAUCAUGAACUCUUGGCCGUGGUUUGAUCAUUUGGGUAGAAUGAGAGGUUUGAUCAACACCUUUUGAUGCCGGUCGUCGGUGUCUGUAAACCAGUACUUUACAAGGCCGGUACCAUGUCUCAGAGACCUCGAGGCCAAAACGGAAUAAAAUGGUCAAGGC